AUGGAGAAGGGAGCGAUGGCGGCGGGGAAUCUAUGGAAAGUGGGACGGGAGGCAGGGGUGAAAGCACUACAUGACAAAGUAGACGUGCCGCGCGGGGCGAGGGGGGCCACUGCGGGGAUGAAGGCUGGGAGCAUUUUGGAUGAGUGGGUAGAAAACACUAAUGCACGAAUGGCGCAAGGAUAUGGAGGCGUUGUGAGAGUAGGCUUGUCUUUGAGGAGCGGUACGGGUGUGGUAGUGAGUCGAGGGGAGUUUGAAGAGUACAAGUACGUGACGUGA